AUGAGGCACAUUUACAUUUUAGUCACAUUUGCAGAGGAUACCAGGCCCAGAAGAGUGAAGUUUUCAUCUUUGGACACUAUUCACACUUUUGCUGAUGAAUCUGUUCCUUGUCGAUGCAUCACUGUUGGAAAAUCAAUGCCACAGAGAACUGUUUGUGCACCAUGCACAUUAUUAGAGGUGGAGAAUCCAAAAACAUCCGAAUAUAGGUAUUUCAAGAAACUGAAGACAUUCAGUGAUCAAAAGCUAACUUGCUUACAGAGCUCAAAAUCAGAAAAUGAACACCAGGGAUUAGUAGCAUACAAGCAUUUUUCAGAAGUCAUGAAUGGAAACAUAACUGACAGUUGCGACAGAACUAAGGAAUCAAUCCACAAUCAGACAUGCCUCUCACCUUUCCUAGAAGAGCAGUCUUUGGAUGUUAGAGCAAGAAAUAGUGAUAACCAUUUAUUGGAAAAAGAUAAGCCGGGUCCAGCAGCUACAUCAAGUUCUCAUUGUGAGAUAGAUGGGAAAUCAGAUUUAAUGUGUUCUCCAUCUCAAAUUGAUUUCAAGAAGGCAGACAAUUAUGGAAAAGUAUUUCAUAAAAAAAGGAAGAAAUUGCAAGAUCUUUGUGCAAGGGCCUUGUCAAUUGAGACAGGGGAUUUUCUUUUAUAUGGGUCCAAAUCUGUAAUGAUUCUCCUCCAAAGACUAAAAGCUCCAAAUGAUAGCAAUAUUGGUACUGAAUCUCAGGAGGAUCCUGAAUUCUCUAAAGACAUAUCGGUUGGAACUGAGAAACCUAUACAAUCAAAUUUCCAUCCAGAAACAUAUAUCUGUCUGGACUUAAAGGAUGAUUUUAAGAAAGCUUGUUCUCAAUUUGACAUUUUGAGUAACGCAGAGGGACUUGGAUAUAAACAUUGUAAUAAGAUUUUGAAUACGAAGACUUCAAAUUUUCAGCGUGAAGAAUCUUUGUCAUUAAUUUCUUCAUGGGAGGCAGAUAAAGUUCAUCAAUAUGAUUAUGAUAGUUAUGGAUAUGGUCUUCAUGGGUUAGCACAUGCGGAUUUGGGAACACAUUCGUUAUGCACCAAGGAGCAAUUGGCUCAGGAGGCUAGGAUUGAUCAUGGAAACAUUCUUGAUACUAAAUUUUGGCAUUUUCCUCCUGUGUUUAGCAGAAUGUGGUCCGACGAUUAUAAUCAUAAACAGAGCUUAGAAGACUUUCCUCUUUUCACAGACAUCCUACAACCUAAUAGGCAUUAUGUUUUUGACUCACUGCCUGUGAAAAGGGAUGAGCUGAGCUUAAUACAGUGGUAUGACAAAAAUUGUAAAUCCCCAAAUUUUUCCUCAAUGAAAAGUAUUAAUAUGCAAUUGGUGGAUCAUAUAGACAAGUUUAGAUGUCACGGGCAAGGUUUCCCUCCUGAAACUGGGAUGAUAUUAUGGACUUUGCCUGAGAACAAUCUUUGUUUCGGUCCACUGCUGGCUCAUGAAGACAAACAUAAGCAUUAUGAAAAAGAAUCAAUCCCAGGAAACAGUAUGGUCUUGUGGGGUUCAUCUUAUAAGGAUAUUCCAAGGUGUGACAAGAUUGAAGAUUUUUCUUUCCAAGAUAUAUCUCAGAAUCUCAGUCUGGCUCCCUUUGUAUGCCAUAAUGACCAAGACAAUAUUGGUCCAGAUUUAGGUUUCAGCUUCUCAAGUAAACAACUACAGCAUGGAACUGACAGUUUGGAAUGGAAAGAAUCUUCCUUAUUUUUUCUGUCUAGUGAAUCGAAUCUAUUAGAAGUGCAGCAUAAGUUACUCAACACAGAUGGCCUACACUUGAUUGAAGAAGUGCAGGAUCCAGGAGUAUCCACUCUAAUCAGUUUUCCAUAUAGGAUCAAGGAAAGUACAGAUUCUCCCAUGGAUCUUCACCUUGAACUGGAAGAUGAUGUAAAUAUUCCAAACAUUUGUGUCACUAAGGGGGAAGAAUGGGAGCGUUUGGCAGAGCCCAUGUACCUUGUAGAUUGUGAUUAUGAUUCUUAUGGAGCAGAACAUGUUGGCCUUAAAUGUUAAUCCUUGUACUGAUUUCUCUUUUGAAAGUGUAUGGAAGACAGGUGAGGAAGAGGCUAUGAAAUCUAGUGGCCCAAAUGGCACGAAUUGUUUGGUUGUUGACUAUCAUCUAAAUCGUUUAUCUGAUGAAACAUGUAAUAUUGAAGGACAAGCAUUCAGGUUUAACAAUUUUCCAUUUGGUAAUUGAUUUUAGUUGGAUUCUAAUAUGCUAACAACAUACUUGAAGAUCCCUAUUGAUUUUCAAGAUUACUUUUUUAAUAGUUAGAGAAGUGGAAAAGCUGUUUAUAAACGGAAUUAUGGAGAGGAGUUCUUACUCUUAAUAGACAGGUGCCCAAUAAUACACUUGCUUGAAAUUGCUUCUGAUUCCUGGCUGACAGGUACAUGGGGGAAUGUUUCAGUCAUACUUGCGAGAAACAAAUUGGCUAAAAUUUCAGUCCUUAUAUACACAUUUACAGAGGUUAUUUUUCCUUUCCAUUUGACAGUGAAAACUCUGAAAUUUAUUGGUAAGUGAUUUUUUCUAGUGAUUGUAUAUUUGUCAAUGGAUUGGCCGCUGCCUCCACUGCAUCUUUCUGUUUGGUAAUGGUCUCCAGCCCUUAGAAUGCACCAAACAUCUAUUAUAAUGUAUUUAUAAUGUAUAAAGGAUAAUGAUGUCUUGGUGCAUUCUAGGGGCUGGAUAGCCUUUUUCUUUCUGUUUUUUAUUUUCACACUUAUGUAGGAAACUUGUUAUCAUGAAAUUGCAGUGUGUACUGCCUCACAGAUAUACUGCAGCAAACAAUUAACAAGCAAAUAUACUUAUGUUCACAUUAUUAUGAUUACUACCAUUUCAAGCCUAAUCAUGAUUCAGUGCAAUACAUGGUUAGGAGAAUGAAUGCUGUGAUUUCUAAUGGA